CAGCGCGAGUGGGCAGUGGCGCUCAGCAGAUACACCCGACGUCAUAAGCUACGGACGGGGAAGCUCGCGUGCUAGAUGAGACGGCAGGGAAAGCGGGCACCACGAGGCUGGACGCCUAGACAUCAUUAGCUACGGCCUGGGACUCAUGCGUGCGAGCAUGCAACAGGGAAGAGGCACUGGCAGCAUGCAGCGCGGCGAGGGUAUGGGAUACAGGCUUGCGGGAAGGGGCGUCAUCAGCUGCAGGCUGGGACGCAUACGUGCAACAAAACAAUAUUAUGCGGGAGGGCCAAAAUUUUACAAGUGGAUUAUCAUCUGAAUCUUAAGGGGAAUGCUUCCAGAUAUGCUCCUACACAUCGCAAUUAGGCUGCUUUGCCGGGAUAUUUUUUAGAACAAAAAAUCACCUGAUGCACCUGAGCGUCUGUCAUCAGCUACGGCCUGGGACUCCAGCGCGCGAGAACAAAAAGCGCCAACAUGCAGCUGCGGAAGGCAGGAAACGCAAACCCACUCUGCUGCAGUUCGGGGUACACGAAUGCGAGAAGAGAUGGCAGUGGCUGCGGGCGAACGGCUGGGCACCCAGACGUCAUCAGCUACACGUUCGUCUGCGGCUACUCUCGGAGGGGACACCUGGGUGCGAGAGGACGGCAGUGGCAGCUGCGGCCACUGGAGCAGCGGCGAGAAGGGGUACGUACGCAGUGGCGAACAACGGCCACUGCAGCAUUCCAGGCGGCAGGCAUUUGCCCACCCAACGCGGCAGCCUUCGCCUCCAUGGCCGCCGACGAGUUCCCAUCCCAGCCCGCAUCGAGGCGAUUCUCGCUGGUGCCACAGCCAGCGUCACCUGGUUCGAUGCCGACGAGGGCGACUCGUCCGAGCACGACGACACCUACGGCCAGUGCCAGACCGAAGAAGACACCGUGAGCAGCCCCAGGACUACUCCUACCAGGAGGCUUCCGACGGCUACCAGCACGAGUACGGCGGCGGCGCGAGACAGCCUGCGAGAUGCAGCAGGCCGCGGCGUGAGGCAGCCAGCGAGACGCAGGGUCUCGUUCGACCUGCGCGACAACGGCGACGGGAACAAGACCAACAGGCCCAGGAGCACUCCCACGGUUGCUACCACAACGGCCCCCACGACGAGGCGAAGGAGGACGAGUGCGGCGAUCACUUGGACUUCGUCCUCUGAGCGGCCACGGUCCGUUGUGACCAUGGGGCCGAUACCUGAAGGACCUGGAAGAGGAGGAGGAGGCGAGCACGAGGGCGAGGAGGGGGGCCGCUCGGCAGCACGGAGCGGGCAGCGCGCCGCCCGCGGCCGCGGCGGCCGCGUGCC